GCAGCGAUGGCGGCGUUGGGGAGCCCGGCGCGCACUCUCAGAGGCCUCCUGCGGGAGCUGCGCUACCUGAGCGCGGCCACCGGGCGACCGUACCGCGACACGGCGGCCUACCGGUACCUGGUGAAGGCUUUCCAGGCGCACCGGGUCACCAGUGAGGAGUUGUGCAGGGCCCAGCAUGAGCUUCACUUCCAAGCUGCUACCUAUCUCUGCCUCUUGCGGAGUGUCCGACAGCACGUAGCCCUUCACCAGGAAUUUCAUGGCAAGGGCGAGCGUUCAGUGGAGGAGUCUGCUGGUUUGGUGGGCCUCCAGCUGCCCCGUCAGCCUGGAGGGAAGGGCUGGGAGCCGUGAUGGAGAGUCCUCGGAUGGCCCUUCAUUCAAGAGUUUAACCAUUUCUACUCAUAUGUAUUUAUCAUUAAAUCUUUUUUAAAGUGUA